AUGACGAACACCUCGUCGCUGAAGAAAUUGGAAUACGAAUCCACACACACACCUCUUCCGGAUCAUCUCAUCGAGGAAAACAUCCUAAUAAGACUUGCGGUGAAACCUUUAAUUCGCUUCAAAUCUGAAUCAAAAGGAUGGUUUUCCAUGAUAUCGAGUACUAAAUUCACAAAAAAGCACUUCAAAUUGUGGUAUCCCUCGAACGAUCGAUCUCUCAUUGUCCAGGAUGAUCGUGAUACUGUCGGCGAAGAUAAGUAUUAUUUAUCCUUUGAUGAAAACUACAAUGUGAAUGAGUUUGUUGAAUUGAGGAAUAAAUAUCCUGCGUUUAAAUUUAAUGCUCAAUCUACUUAUGUGGUGGGUUCUUCUAAUGGGCUAUUGUGCAUGUAUAAUGAAAACAUUAUGCGCAUGUAUGUGUGGAACCCUGCGACUAACCAGGUCCGCGAUACUUCUGGUCCCGUCCUUUGUAAGUGGGAUGAUUAUGAAACGAGGUGUGCCGGGUUUAGUUAUGUUUCGUCGAUUGAUGAUUAUAAGAUAGGGUGUUUGAUAUUUUAUAACGAAACAUUAUUUAUUUUUGUGUAUUCUUUGAAGAAUGGGUUAUGGACCCAAAGGCCUAAGAGAAAAUGGUAUUAUGAACUGAUGUUUGAAUAUCUAGAUGAAACCCCGGCGUUUGUUCGUGAUACUCUUUAUUGGUUUCCUGAUCGUAUUGAAGAUGAGAGAAACUGCAUAAUUGGAUUGGAUUUAGUUGAAGAGGAUAUGGUAAUGAUCCCAUUAUCAAUACGUUUCCCUGGCGAAUUUGCAACUGUAAGAUUAUUUCAGAUGCAAGGGCGCUUGACAUUUUGUUUGAUUGACAAUGAUAAUGGUAGGAAUUAUUGUCAUGUUCGCACUAUGACGGAACAUCGUGAUAAGGGAGAUGCGACGAUGUGGGCGAUAUCGUGGGAAAAUGAAUUAACUCUUAACUAUAUAGGAAAGAAUUUUGUUUAUUUAUUUGAUACAGGGAAGUGUUUGGUGAACAAGAUAUCACAUCAAUCUCAACAGCUUAUGCUACAUGAACUUAGCAAGGUAUCAUCAUCGGAACAAGAACAAGAGCAAGAGCAAGAGCAAGAGCAAGAGCAAGAGCAAGAACAAGAACAAGAGCAAGAGGAAGAGGAACAGGAACAAGAAGAGGAAGAGGAAGAACCACUCGAUGAAGGCACCGUUGUUUGGGAGUCAGUUGAUCGAGGAAACUUGUUUCGCUAUUUUUCAGGGGCCGCCUUUGGCUAUUCUGAGAGUCUCAUUUCACCUUUUUGA